CCGCUUCAUAUUGGAGGAUACCCCCCCCCCUUUCCUCAAUAUUGCGUCGUGCAGUGUUUUGGUUAAAAAUACAGCUUCAAGAAAGCACGUCAACACGUUUACAAUAUGGAUUUUCGACCGAGUGAGACCCAAUGCGGCGUAGCGGAGGCUUGCUGGACACGUUAACCGAAGGAUUUGAUUCGUCAUCCUGUUGUAUUGCUCCGCAUGUUGAAUUUGGUGUAGAUGGUCUCCGAAGAGCGUUGUCUGUUGGUGGAUACAGAGUUGUCGACGAGUAACAUGAAGGAGAUGAUUGGAGGCUGUUGUGUUUGCUCAGACGAGAGAGGCUGGGCUGAGAACCCGCUGGUAUACUGCGACGGACACGGCUGCAACGUUGCCGUGCAUCAAGCUUGCUAUGGCAUUGUACAGGUGCCCACUGGUCCAUGGUUCUGCAGAAAGUGUGAAUCUCAGGAGCGAGCAGCCCGUGUCAGAUGUGAGCUGUGUCCCCACAAAGAUGGCGCCCUGAAGAGGACUGACAAUGGCGGCUGGGCCCAUGUGGUGUGUGCCCUUUACAUACCCGAGGUGGAAUUUGCAAACGUCUCAACUAUGGAACCCAUCGUGCUCCAGUCUGUCCCUCAUGAUCGCUAUAACAAGACAUGCUAUAUCUGUGAGGACCAGGGCAGAGAGAGUAAAGCGGCCACAGGAGCAUGUAUGACCUGUAACAAACAUGGUUGCAGACAGGCCUUCCACGUGACAUGUGCCCAGUUUGCAGGGUUGCUAUGUGAGGAACAGGGAUCUGACGCAGACAACGUCAAAUACUGUGGUUAUUGCAAAUACCAUCACAGUAAACUGAAACACAAAGAACGGGACAGACACAAACCCAAACACAAGAAGACCUCCAUGGAUAUGUCCCCUUCCCUUGUUCUUCCAAACAUCAUGGUCCCAGAGAAGACUUACACCAGUAGUAAUUCAGUGGGAGGGGGCCCACCUCUCCCCACAUCCUCGCAGAAGCGACAGGAUGACAGUAACGCACGUUUCACCAACGCCAACUUUCAAGAAGUGUCAUCCACUCAUACGAUCGGAAGCACCAAGGAAUGUCUUGCUGCUGAUGGCGUGAAGGGAGUGUCUGACAUGAAGAAUAAGAAGAACUCCAGUGGAAGUCAUGCAGUGGGGCAGAGGGGUGGGCGUAAGUCUCUCACCUCAUCAGUGAAAGCUCUCCCCUCUGCUGUGGUCACCAUGGCAACCUCCUCCACUUCUGCCUCUGUCUCCACUGGGCCUUUCCACCAAGGGCUGCUGUUGACAAGUGCCAGCAAGACACCCUCUGCCCCCACGUCCUCUGAUUUCCUAAGCUUCGCCGACUCCUCCUUGCGUCCGGGAAGUGUGACUUCCUUCUCAUCACCACCAUCUUUCAGCUGCCUUGUAAAGCCGAGUUCAGAGGGUGGUGCUUCAGAGGGAACAACAAAUCUUUUUGGCUCUCUUGCAACGACUACUCCUGCAGUUGGUGGGAAGUUGUAUGAGAAUUCCCACUGUCUCUCAGCCAGUGAGACGGCAAGCCUCAGUGGCUCCGCUGCAUACAAACGACCUCAGCCCUCCAGCACGGGACAGGGGAUUGUUGGACCAACCUCAGCAGUAGGGGAUGAUGGAGUGAAGAAGAAAAAGAGAGGCAAUUGGCGCAACAGAUUUGGACCUUGCUUCACAACAGACAUCAAACCACCAGAGUCGUCACUUUCCCUCACUUUGCCCACCACUUCUACGGCCAACACCUCUUCUUCCUCUGCAGCACCCCCUACAUCUUCUACCUCGACGCUCUCUGGCCGGCCUGGCUUAACUUCCACCGGUGGUUUAGGAAUGGGAGGAGGAGAGAGGGGUCUUGGGGUCUUAGGUGUUGGCAGCGGGAUUCAGAAGUCCCCCUCACUCCUAAGGAAUGGGAGUCUGCAAAGCAACAGCGGCCCAGGUGUUUUUUCCAAUGGCGAUGGGUCGUCAUUGUCAGGGACUGGAGCUAUGGUUGUGGGAGGAGUCACCUCGGACCAACUGCCACUCACACCUUCACUUGCCCCUCCCUCUCCCUUCACCGCCACCGGACCCCUGACCAGCACAGCCGCCACACACGUGAGCAGCCUUCCAGGGUCAGUUUUCAACCUGGCCCCCUCACAUAUGUUUGGUAAUCGACUGAAUCCAAACUCUGCCAUGGCAGCGCUCAUCGCACAGUCUGAGGCCUCGCCGACAGAUCAGGAAGACACCGGCGUAGGUGUGCAGGGCUUCUCCAUAAGGGCUUCUCCCAAGACGACACCACGAUCACCAAUCAGCGGUCUACAGAUCCGCUAUGACUCAUCAGGGUCGUUGCCGGGACCAGGGCUUGGGUUGCUAGGAGCUGGGGGAAGCAGUGGCGAGACGCACCCGGUGGCCACCACAAUAGAGCCUCUGGAAAGGCAAUGGAACGAGGGGCAGAGCUUCUUGCUCCAGCAGGGCCCGCAGGGAGAUGUGGUGGGUAUGCUGAAAUCCCUCCAUCAGCUUCAGGAGGAGAACAGGAGGUUGGAGGAGCAGAUUAAAACUCUCACUAUGAAGAGAGAGCGACUGCAGCUUCUCAGUGCUCAGCUAUCAGUGCCUUUCACACCCACCUCGGCCUCCUCGGAUGUAAAAGGGGGAGCCAUUGAUUCAUCUUUACCUGUGGGAGCUCAGGACAGUGCAUCAUGUGGUGGUCAUAGCAGUAGCGGCUCUACGUCUUCCCUGUCAACGCCACCCUCACUUUCCCAAAGCCCACCUCAGCCUCAGCUUAAUGGCAUCAUCGCCGCAGGGACCGCUGGGCUGGGCACCAUAACAGGAUUGAUGGGUACCUUCGGGACCGGAAAUGCGCUUGGUGUGGGGGGUGUCGUUGGCGCACUGAACGGCGUGAUCCAGACAUCGGUGGGGACAGGAAGCCCACAUGCAACAGGAACUGUCACUCUACCUGUCAGUAACAGUGCUGCGCGACUCAGCUUGGCUGAUCAGCAGAGGCUACUUCAGCAACAUCAACUCCAGCAACUGCUGGCAUCUCAGCCCUCAGCGGAGCACUUGCAUUGACUUCACUCUUCUGUCCCUUCCUCGUCUCUUCUCUGGAAAAAUUUCUGAUCCCAACAAUUUUCCCCCUGUUUAUUCCUUACUCCACACCUUCAUGUUUUAUUUGCGCCGCUGUUUCCCAGCUGCGGUUCUGGCAGCUAAUACAGCAACAUCAGGACCAGAUGCAAUCCAAUGCUGGCCACAUGGCCACACAACCUCCAUCAGCAGCCAUCAAGACCUUCUUGGUGCUCAAGUACACUUGCAUUCAUGCUUCAGGGCUGCAGAAGAAGGUUGUUGGAAUUAUGCAGGAAGGAGGAGACAUGACGUGUAGUAUUUGGACUCAAAGUUCAUUAUUUCUGUAAUUGAUGGGCCAAAUACAUUUUUUCAUCACAAACUCACAUUUUUCUGCAACUAUUCCACUUUUUUUUGAGUAGGGUUGGGACCGUAGCAAAUAAGAUGUGAUUAAUUACAAGCAGAAUAGUUUUUAAAAAAGAACAUUUUUAUCACAUUUGUUGUGUUCCCAACUAUACUGGAACUUUGCAGGUGCAUGAGUUCCUGAUGCACUUUUCAUUUAAAAAAGAGGUCAGAGGAAUUGGAUGAAAAAGCAUUGCUAGGACUGAUGCCAGGUAAAUUCUAUUCAAAGAAAAUACCCGAUGGAAGCCUUAAGUGAUUUUGUGCAAAUUGUGCUCAAAGUAGUUUUCACCAAAACGCUUGAAACCUCCAAUACGUUAUGCAAAUUUUUGACUGCCCCUCAGAAACCCUUUAAAGGAAGUCAUGUUUUAAAAAAGCUGUUCUAAAAUGGCACAUUAACUUUAGCUCGCUUUAAUUCUGGUCAGGGAUUAUUUCCAUUAGUUUUUUUUCCCUUGUUUUGUAUUGAAAUGCAAUUAAAAGCGUUUUUCCAGAGGUAAAAAUAUUCCGUCAAUUAUUUGAUAGUCACCCACUAAAAUUAAUUUAAAUUAUGAAAUGUUUGUUGUUUUUUUUAGGAUAAAUAUUGCUAUACUAUGAAAAAUAUGUUUUAGAUUAAUUACAACGCCCUUAAUUCAUUUCUUUAAUGGAGUCCUACCCCUAUUAAGAUGUUUUUCAUCCCAGUUUCUUUCCACCACAGUAUGGUCUUUCUGCUGUGUCACUCUCAGGGGCCUCUGCAUCUGACCGCACUUGUUUGCUCACAAGACUAAAAACACAAACAAAGAGCGCAUAGUAUGUUUUGUAAGAAAAAAAUAAAACAUGGGUUCCUUCUACAGUAGCAGGUGCGUGUUUGGGAUCUGUCUGGGAUAAGACAUCCCAUCCAUUUCCACUAUGGCUACUCUGCCUUCUUUUGUCUGGAUUAAUUUGCAUGUCAUGGACCCAAGUCUGGCUCUGUCCUCACUGAAAAAUGCUUAUGACUUUCCUCUUGGGGCAAUCCCUGAGAGGGCUCACUUAAAAUGGCACAAAUGUCCACAGAGUAACUACAAAGAUACGGAAACAUUCAGAGGGGGCAUAUGGAUCCACAUACCU